UGCAUUUUUCAAGUAAUUAUCGUGAAAAUUCAAAGUGUGUUGGGUGUAUUACCAUUACGCUUUAUUUUACUGAAAAAUAGUAGAAAACUAAACGGGGUACAUAUAAAUAAAAAUUUGUGAAAAAUGCCAAUUCGGAAUAUACCACCAUUUGUCUUGAGUUUGGACUCAGCUCCAUACUAUAAUCACGAUUUGUAUCCAAAUCAUAUUUAUCGACGUUUGCAUGAACGCCAACAUCAUCCAUUGGAUUUAGGUACUUUGGGUUUAAUUGCACGUUUGGGGCCGCAUGCUCAUCACCUAGUGGCUGCUAAGCACAGCACCGAAGGUAAUGUAGUUAAUCGUUAUGGAAAGAAUGGUUUCGAAGUGCACCUGGAUGUUGGUCUAUUCAAACCGGAGGAUCUAACCGUGAAAAUCGUUGAUGAUUCAUUAGUGAUUGAGGGCAAACACGAAGAACGUGAAGAUGAACAUGGUCAUAUUUCGCGUCAGUUUACACGUCGCUAUGUACUACCCAAGGGUUAUGAUGAGGAGAGCAUUGUAUCGACAUUAUCUUCGGACGGUGCGUUGACUGUGCGUGUACCAUCACCACCACCACCGCCAGAAGUAGAGAAGAAGGAGCGCAUAAUAGCUAUACAGCAGGUUGGGCCUUCCGAAAUGUUUGUAAAGACCAAAAGUCAGGAGGAAGCCGAGGCAGCCGCAACAAAAUAAGCACUGACUGCGUGUAACACCAUAAAUGUUCAUUUGCAUUUAUAUUCUUCUCGAUGUCGUAAAGGAAAAAAAUGGAAAUUUACCCAUAAUGAAUUGAAAACGUAAAGCAGUAACUUUACAUUUACAUAAUAAUACUAAUUAAUUAGAUGUACUAAAACUUUUUAAAUAUCGGCCAAUAUUUUAAAUUGUAAGCGUUUAAUUAAAUUGAAAUGACUGGUAAUUUUAAACAAUCAGUCUAAUUUACUUAUGAAUUAUGUUAAAGGAUAUUGCGAAUAUAUUUAAAAAGCAGCUUUAGAGUGAUAUCUAUGUAUAUUGCGCAAUAUCUUCAUUAUUAUAUUUAUAUAUGUAGCUAUUUACUAUUUAAGUGUAUCCUUAUCCUUUUGGAAAAUCUCAUCUUAUCAUAUUGUAUUACAAUUGAAUAAGCUUUUCUACAUUUUAUCGUAAACUUUUUAAAUAAUAAUGCAAAUAUACAUAUGAAAAAAUUAUAAAAAAAUUGAGCGGAAAUUGAUUAUAAAUAAA